UACUGAGGCUUCUUUUUUCUCCUUCCUGAGAUGUUAAACUGAACAGGAAAUUAUAUGAAUUGCUUUCACUUCUCCCUCUCUCCCCCAAAAUGUACCUUUGCAAUUGAAACCCCCAUAUUUUCCUCAUUCCCCUCCCCUCAAAAAUUGAAAUUAUUGCGAUUUGGGGGAGGAGGGGGCUGCCUUCCUCAGGAAUUAAAUUAGAAAUGAAUGUAUAUUUGUUACGCGGCUACUCAAUCCUUUAAAGGGCCAUUUUCCCACUCCUACCCACCCCCCAAAUUGAAUUUACAGGUGUAUAACUAGAAAAUCCAUUCCUUAAUUUCAUGCUUUAAAAAUGACUGGGGUUGGCCUUACCGCUAUUUAUUUUUUUAUUCCCUUUUAUCCCCCUUCCCAAAGUCUACCUCAGGGUCAUCACAGUUUCCAUGUAGCCCCCUAUUUCAGAGACACCCCCCCCCCAAAAAAAAAGAAAUAUCCCAUUGGGAGAAUCCUAUAUUCCCAUCUGCUUUAGAAAUGGUCCAAUUUCAAAAUGCCAUCCUAAACUAAACCUCGACCAUCCUUCUCCUGACUCCCUUUUGAAACAACCCUUAACUCUGAUUUCUGGACUUCCAAGUCCAGAAAUGCUAAAUGAGAUGCUCUCCUAGGCUCAGUCCCCGGGCUUUGUCUCCAGACCCCCUUGAUCUGGCUUGUCUUCAUCCUUGGGCCUUCCUAUGGCCAUGUCGUCCCCUCCGGCCCCACCAGCUAAAAAACGGAAGAUGAACUUCUCGGAACGGGAGGUGGAGAUCAUCGUAGAAGAACUGGAGCGGAGCAAGCACCUGCUCAUCAACCACUUCAACGCGGGCGUGCCGCUGACCGUCAAGGCCGCCGCUUGGCACAACAUCCUGCGACGGGUCAACGCAGUAGCGACGUGCCACCGGGAGCUGCCGGAAGUGAAGAAGAAGUGGUCGGACCUCAAGACGGAGGUACGGCGCAAAGUCGCCCAAGUCAGAGCCGCCGUAGAAGAUGGUGGCAAUGACCAGGAAGGAGGCGGGGAAGGCCAGGAGGCUGAAGAAGACGCAACAGGGACCUCUGCUACCCCAGUGAUUCUCACCCCCAUGCAACAGCGCAUCUGUAACCUUCUGGGAGAAGCCACCAUCAUUAGCUUGCCCGCAGGAAGCUGCACCGGCACCCAUACGUCAGAAAUACCCAUUACAGCUGCCACAACCACCGUCGCCCUUACACAGAUUCCGGCCGAGAUGACAUACCACAGCCUGGAAGAGGGGGUGGUCGAGUACUGCACCACCGAAGCCCCCACCACCGUCACCGCCGAAGCCCCCUUAGAGAUGAUCACCCAGCAGGCCGAGGUGUCAGCCAAGCCCCAGGAACUGAAGAACAGAAUCGCUCUGAACUCCGCCAAGCUCCUGCAGGAACAGCGAGUGACCAACCUACACGUCAAAGAGAUCGCCCAGCACCUGGAGCAGCAGAACGACCUGCUGCAGAAGAUCCGCCAUUCCCAGGAGGUGCAGGCCUGCGCGCAGGAACGCCAGGCCCAAGCCAUGGAAGGCAUGCAGGCCGCUCUCAACGCCCUCAUCCAGAUCGUGCACCCCGUGAUUAAGGACUUCCGGAGGUUUUUACAGAGCAACACUCCUGUUACUCCUUCGGGGACCACUGAUCCGGCCCAAGCGACUCAGAAUGGACAGGAUAGCCUCAUACAAUGAAAUUUGGGUGGUAGUGAGGGAAUCUUCUAAACCCAAACUCGGCCCAGAAAGAAGCGAUGGGCAUCAUAUUUUGUGCCAGCCAACGGGUUCAGAAGCCAAAAAACCCACUCUGGAUUACUUACCCAGCUCAGCUCAUGUCCUUUUUUUAAAAAAAAUAUGGUUAUGCAGUUCCUUGACUCUGCUAGGAAUAAACCAUAACUUUAAAUGUUCGGUUUUAAAGGAAAAGAUUGGCAAAUACAUUUUUAU